ACCCACGUGAGACAAAAGUUGAGGAAGAACAACCACCAACGAAUCCGAUUCGAUACAUACGCCAGCGGGCCAACUCCCAGAUAGCUUCCAGGCAAACCCUGAAUCCACCCUACCAUGUCGCUUUCCUUGUUCCGAACGGCCGUUCUCAGGUCUUGCCAAUCAGCACGACCAUCAACAACGGCAAGCCUCAGUCAGCCGAUUUCGAGGAGUUCUCAGAGAGCCUUGUCGGACCAGGCUCGGUCCUCGAUCCAGGCCGCCGUGAAGGCCCAUCCACUCGUCUUGUUCAUGAAAGGGACUCCCAAAAUGCCCCAGUGUGGAUUCUCCAGAGCCGUCGUCCAGUUGCUUGAGCUACACGACGUUCCCUCAGAUAAGAUCAAAACUUAUAACUGUCUCGAAGAUAAUGAACUUCGACAAUCAAUCAAGGAGUUCAGUGAAUGGCCUACAAUCCCGCAGGUAUAUAUCGACGGCGAAUUUAUGGGUGGGUGCGAUAUGAUGAUGGAGAUGCAUCGGACGGGAGAACUGGCCCGGUUAUUGGAAUCUAAAGGAGUCCUCAAGUCUCUCUCAAAAUCUUAAAAAACAAUCAAACUCAAAAAUCUCAUCGGCUUUUACGCAUACGUCACUUCAAUGAUCUAAACUUUCAGAAGGGAAAAGAAAAACUCAGUCAUGAAUGUAUCGAUGCCAAGGAGCAAUCAACCUUACAAGAUGUCAACUUUAGCUUGAAGCAUAGAAUCUACUAGAGCAUACUUUUUUUUUCCUUGUUGCGGAACCAGUUUAUGGCCCUUGGAUAGAGAUUCCAUCCUCCUCUUUACAACUCAUGUCAGCAAGUAAAAUGAGCGUAGCUAGUGGCAAUCAGUUGAGAGCAGAGACGAG